AUGAUACACAACAAUGCAAUCACAGUGACCUUGGAGGCUGCUACAACGUUUUUGAAGCGAGCCGAUGAUACGACGUCGGCCACUUCGGCAGAUACAGCGAUGCCUACAUUGACAGAUGCCAAUGCAUAUACGACCCCUUCGGUGACUGUGCCUCCUAACGAUAAUAAUCCUUUUAUCAUCAGACAACAUAAUCCCUCCGGCACGGUGUUUAUUGCUGUUGGUGCUAUAGUUGGUCUGAUAUUGCUUGGGUUUAUUCUUUACCAUUUAAUUGUUUCGAUUAGUGCCUCUAGGUUGGCAAAGAAAACCAGUGCACAUGAUCGUACCUUGUAUGAGAAAUAUCAGAGUAACAAUAACAAUGCUUAUGGCUUUGUGAAUAUGACACCAACUACAACGGCGAAUAAUUACGGUAGCGAGUAUACCGGAAACCAGGCGGGUUCUGUUUCGAAAUUCCCCUUGUUGAGUACUAGAUCAUAUGGAAACUUUGGCGGGUCACAAGUUGGUGGAAAUGGAAGUGGUGUUGGUGGUGUUGGUGGUGGUGGUGACACAUCUACGAUUUACCAAUCUGAUGUUGGUGGUCCAACAUCGAAACAUGAUUUGACCAAGAUGUUUAUUUCACCUACCGCCGAGGUGAUGCAGCAAAAGAGGUACAACAAAUCUGUUUAUAACCCAUCAUUGACCAAUUUGCCAUUUGGGAGCUCAGCUACGAACUUGACGAAUCCAAACCCUGCUACAAAUAGACACUCGCAGUUGGUGCCCAACUUGUACAUCAACAAUGAGCUGAACAAUAGUGAAUACUCAUUGGCGCAAAGUCAAGUUCCUCAGUCAGAGCAAGGGACUUCGUCGGACCAGAAUGACCAGCAGGAUCUUAGACAACAGCAGUUGAAUACAGUAAAACCGAGACAGCAGUUACCUUCGAUGUACCUUGAGGAUUUAAUUGAUAAGAAUUAA